AUGACAAAUGCGGUGGAGGAGCCAGAGAAAUUUGGUACAAAGGAGGUCGUCUUCGAACAGGAUGCUCUCUACCAUGCAUAUGUUUCUAAAAGUUCAGAAUGGCAUCGAGACAUGACCCAACGUCUGCUUCGGAAGGUCGAUUGGCAUCUUUUGCCAUUUCUCAUCCUCAUGUAUCUUCUCAACUUUCUGGACAGAAACAACUUAUCACAGGCUCGUCUGGGUACAUUAGAAAAAGACCUGGGCAUGAAAGGCACUGAUUACAAUCUCGCCACCAGUAUCUUGUUUGUCGGUUACCUACUGAUGCAACUGCCUUCGAACCUGCUCCUGACUCGGCUUCGCCCUUCAUUGUUUCUGGGUAUUGCAAUGGCUAACUGGUAUGACCUGUUCGACAGUGCUCGUCGGCUUCCUGGUGCUUACUGCUCUGAUAGGGGUGUUAUUUCCGCCUGCCAGGCAGCCGUCCAGUCUUUUUCUGGGAUCAUUGCGACACGCUUCUUCCUUGGGUUCGUCGAAGCGCCUUUCUUCCCCGGUGCUGUCAUGUUAAUCCAUCGUAUUGCAUGGUUCUAUUCCGGGAGUUCUUUGGCCAAUGCCUUUGGGGGGCUCAUUGGAGCAGGUGUGCUAGAAAACCUUGAUGGAGCGCACGGUAUCGCCGGAUGGAGAUGGCUGUUCAUCAUCGAAGGAUGCAUCACUGUAGGAGUAUCACUUCUCGCGACUCUCAUGCUGCCCAAUUAUCCAGCUACAACGCCCUGGUUGGACGAACAGGAAAAAGCAUACGCGCAAUGGCGCUUAAUGCACGAUGCAGGAGAAGCGGACGAGGUUGGAUCAACCGGCGUCAAGGAAGCUUUAGGACUUGUCUUCGCCGAUAAGCGCAUCUACCUUUUCAUUCUCCUCCAGCAUCUCUCGCUCCUGUCGCAGAACUUCCAAUACUUUUUCCCGACCAUCGUGCAAACCCUUGGAUACGACAACAUCAAAACUCUUCUGAUUACCGCCCCUGUCUGGAUCGCAACGUUCUUAGUUUCGCUGCUGGUGACGUGGACAUCUGACAAACUCAACGAUCGCAGCUUGCAUAUCAUCUGCUUGAUGAUAGUGAGCGUGGUAGGUGGUGUGAUUAUCACCGCGACAACCAACAUCGGUGCCAAAUUCUUGGCCAUGUUUCUGAUGCCCAUGGGGGCUGUGUCUGCGUAUCAAAUUAUCAUCGCCUGGGUAGCCAAUUCCUUUCCCCGUCCACUGGUCAAAAGGUCAGCUGCAAUCGCCAUUGCAAAUAUGAUCGGUAAUACCGCCUCAAUAUAUGGGAGCUACAUGUGGCCAUCAUCUUCUGGGCCUCGGUAUAUUCCUGGCGGAAGCGCGACGGCCGGAAUAGCACUUCUAGUUGCGUUGGUGGCAGUCGUGAUUCGCCUGGUCCACAGUCAUAUGAAUCAGAGGUUGGAUGAGGCUGGUUGCUCGCACGAUAUACUAGAGCCGAAUGACCUAGAGACCCGGGCUGUUGGCUUUCGGUACAUUCUAUGA